AUGCACCGGAGCCACGCAUCGACCACCGAAAGUUAUCCAAAACCAGCGGCAAACCAGGAGGGGAGCCAAGCAAGCAGCCGCGCGACCAUGAAGUGCUGGUGCACACAUGCGCCCAAGGGAGCAAUGGCGACGCCGCUCUCCAGCCCCUUCUCCGUCACCACCCUCCGGGCCCCGCUCUGGCACGGCCGCCUCCACGCACCGCCGCUGCCUCCCCUCCGCGCAAGCUCCGGCGAUGACGCCGCCGGGCCGGAGACGCCGGCCCCGGUCGCCACCGCCCCCGCCGCCGACGAGGAGUUCGAGAAGCGCGUGCUGCAGCUGAAGUCCCGCGUCGGGCCCAAGAAGCGGGGCAGCGCCGGGGCGCGCAAGAGGAAGGCCGCCGCCGAGUCCAACGCCGUCACGCUGCCGCCGGUGCCGCUGCGGGAGCCACGGUCGGCGCUUGGCCUGCCCGUGGAGUUCGGCUUCACCGCCUACAGCGAGCGGCUCAACGGCCUGCUGGCCACGGUGGGCCUCACCGCGCUGCUACUGGUGGAGCUCGGCUCCGGCAAGUCGCUGGUCAAGUACCACCAGGCGCCCACGCUGUUCCUGCAGGUGUACACGAUCGUCGCGGCGGGCACCGUGUACGUCAAGUACGAGAAGGAGCGGAUCAGCGUCUGGCCGGCGCCGGCGCCGCCCAAGGCGCCGACGAGCGGCGAAUAA